UCGAUAAUGGAUACUCCAAAUGAAUCGGAAAAGUCGGUUCUUUUUUUUGGUGAGGAGUUUGUUUAGAUUCAUAGUCGCGGGUUAAUUGCCGGCUCUACAACGCGUCUACAGGCCGCUCCUUCCCCCCCAAAUUGCUUUCGUCCUCUCCGCCUCUCACGCUGACUCGCUCUCCCCCUAUCUCUUAAUUAGAAAAUGGAAGACGACCUCUUUCCCCUGUUUUCAUUCCAUCUCUCGUCCUCUCUCCAUCAACUCCGCGCGAGGAAUUGAUUUGCAAGGCGACGAAUCUCGAUCUGUCGCGGUCAUCUUCCACCAUCCGUUGCACGUUUACUCCUUUUUCAUCGGGUGCAUUCAUUGAUGUUGAUUGCUGAUUUUUUCUUCAAGGACUUGAGACAAAGGAGUAUUCAUAAGAUAAUAGAGUAAAUGAAGAUUGAAGGUAUCAGAAAAUGUUUGGUGUUUUCCCUUAGAUAUAGUUGGAGAUCCAUUCGUCAGUAUCCGUUGGUAUCAGCCUUUCUGCUUUUUGUGCUGUUUCUAUACAUCUAUUUGCCGUCCAUCUUUUCUUUCAUUGUCUACUCCUCUCCUGUGAUUGCCUGCACCGCUCUUCUUCUUGGAGCUCUUUUAGUUUAUGGGGAACCUGAAGAUGUAAAGAGUGUUGUGGAUCUCUCUGUGAAAGUUGCUGAAACAGAGGAGAGAUCUAGGGACUUUGAUGUUUUGAAGAAGGGUGAGAGAUACAUCUCAGAGGUGAAUGCUAAAAAAAGACAACCGACGAAUGUGACAAAGGAAGAUGAUGGGGAUGGUGAUCGAAAGGAUAGCAUGGACUUGGCUGCUAGCUCUUCAAGCAAAAUUGCUGAAAAGGAAGUACAAACUGAGAAAACAUUGACAAAUGAGGUGGGGGCUCGUGAUCUUGAAUUUAUUGAGAAGGAAUUAUUUUCUAUUGAAAGUUUAGCUUAUCAUGAACAAGGAAUUGCUGAAGGCUUGAAGGUGGAAACUGAACAGCCUUUGGACAAUCAAUUUGAUUCUUCUCUUGGUUCUCCUUGGCUGGACGUUAACAACCAUGACGUUUCUUCUGACUCUGAAUCUGAUGAAUCUGAUGAAUCUGAUGGAGAAGAGAGUUUAUCUCCUGAUACAUCUAUGACAGAUAUUGUUCCCAUUAUUGAUGAGCUUCAUCCUCUUCUAGAGUCUGCAAAUCUACAGCCAGCUCAUAGAUCCAUUGAUACAUCUGAUGCUACAUCAAGGGCUUCUUCUCCUGAGCGUGAAUUUGAUGAUGCUAGUGCAGAGGAGGAAACUGAAAACCAAGCAGAUGAAGAAGAUGAAGAGGCACAAGAGGAGAAGGAUAAUAAUGAAGCUGUUGUGAAAUGGACUGCAGAUGAUCAGAAGAAUCUCUUGGAUCUCGGGAGUUCUGAGCUUGAAAGGAAUCAAAGGUUAGAGAACUUGAUUGCAAAACGAAGAGCAAAGAAGCUGCAAAGAUUUCAAACUGACAAAAACCUUAUUGAUCUAGAUACUGAACCUUUGCCAUUUUUGGAGGAUAUUUCAAGAUUAAAUGUUCAAGUUCCAGCAAUUUCUGCACCAAGAAGUAAUCCUUUUGAUCUGCCCUUUGAUUCUGAGGAAAGUUUGGGACAGCCAAUUCCAGGGUCAGCUCCUUCAGUUUUGCUUCCCAGAAGAAAUCCUUUUGAUCUUCCCUAUUAUCAAAAUGAAGAAAGUAGCAACGUCACUGGUGAAAACCCUAGGCCGUAUGAUGCAUCAUUUUCUCAGAGGGAUACCUUAACCAGGAGAAUUGAUAGGUUAAAUCUUGGAGCAGUUUCAGAUGACGCUAGUCAAGAGAAGAGUAAGCCCAAAUUGAAGCCUUAUUUUGUUCCAGAGAAAAUGAGUGAGCCAAAUUUUGCAUCUUUCGAGAGUCAAUUAUGUGAGGAGAGUGAUUCAGAGGGGAGCUCAGCUUCUGAAUCAGACUCUGCUUCAGCUGUUUUCAAUCAGGAUCAUGAGUUAUCGAAAUAUGAAACACAUCAACAAGUGUCAUAUGUGAACCAAGAUGUCGACUUUGUUGAACAGGAAAUUGAUUCAUCGUUUGAAGUUGGUUCUGCAAAUCUUGAGCAAGAAGACAAUGGAGCAGAUGCAGUGGAAGAAGAAAUUGGAGACUUGGAAUCUAGUUCACCUGUUUCAAGUGCAGCAAACUUAGAAGUGAUUGAUGAGAGGUAUGAUGGAUCAAGUUCUUCCUCUUGUUCUGAAGAUGUUAGAGGUACUGAAACAAGCAUUCAUAUAGAACCGAUUAAUUCAGCACACAUGGUGGGUGACUCCCAGAGAAGUUUUGAUCCCACUCUAUCAGUUGUUAAACCUGAUCUUCCGGGUGACGGAGCUGAGGUAAUUCGCGACGAUAGUCAAGUAGGUGAAGCUGGUCUGUCAGGUAAAGGAGUUGGGGGAGGAGCUGAUGAUAGGCAAAUAGCUGAUCCAGUUUAUGAUUCUAGUCCCAAUGCAAAGUCUUCCUCUCACAUUGCAUCACUAGAAGCUUUAUUUUCUAACAUUAAAGGUAAAGAAGGCUUCAGUACUGGACCUUCAUUGGCAUCUGAUCUGCAAGCAAACUUACAUGAAGUGUUUUCAACUCCAAAGGCCUUUGAGCACGGUACAACUUCAGAGGAAGGGGAUUUCAUGCUUGUCAGAGAAAGUAUACCUCCUGUAUCACAAAACUACAGCGAUCAAUUUGUAAGUGACCAAGAAAUAGUAGUGGAUAAAGUAAAAGGUCUUAAUGAGGUAUCUGAUGAGGCCAAUGCUAAUCUUAGAGAGAUUAAAAGUGUUAGUGAAGUGUCUGAUUCGGGCAUAAACUUGGCUGAAAACUUUCAUGUGGAAGACUUGUCAGAUGGUGAAAAUGGUGAGUUACAACCAAAACUUGACCAGCAAUCAGUCAUGGAACAACCUUUACCACUUGGAUCAGAUGCUGGCUCUUCUGUUCCAUUUGAUGGAAACUUGGAGAUGAAAAAUGAUAAGUUGCACAUUCCUGAACCAUCUGUUAUCGAUACAAAAAGCCCUGCCCAGCAAUCAAGUCAAAAAAUCGCAGCCUCCUGCACAUCAGGGUCAACUUUUGAUAACUCUGAAGCUCUUGGAGACUCCCCAAAGUCAUCAAAUUCCAUAGAUGAGCUUGGACACCCUGAGUAUGAAGCUAAUAAAAAGCAGCCUGAAGCAGAUUAGCUUGCUUGUUUGAAGAAUUGUUUCUAAAGGAAAGGAAAUUUGCGUACAAGUGGAGAAACAAAUAGAGGGAAAGCUGAUGUUUUAUAGUCUAAUGAUAUCAUUAUAUAGGUAUAUCCAGCCCCAUCAGUAUUGAGGCUUUGUUUGGGACAGCUUUCGUACUACUUCUUAAAAUAGCUUUUUAGUAUAAAAAUUUCUAAUUCAAGAACUUUUUUUAACUGGAAAGUUGUUUUAGAAAGCAACAAAAAAAGCUGCCCCAAACAAAGCCUGAGUCUGAAAAUCCCUGUUCAUUCUACAUCCAAGUUCUACAAACCAUUCUGAAUGAUAUAGCAUCUUAUAGUAGCCCUUUGGAGCAAAUGAGAUCACUAUUGCCUGUCUUUGUUUACCUUUUGUUAUUAUAUGACAAAGGGUUGAUAACAUUCUUAUCCUACAUCAUUGAGAUUUAUGUUGCUCAGUUACUUUCCGGAUGGAAUUUGCAUUGAAAAUCUGCAUUUUUUGUGGCAGAAAUUACAGUUUUAAGUGGACAUUGUGUA